AUGCAAGUUGUUUGUGAUUUUGAUCACACAUUGUCCAAAUACAUUCACAAUUCUGAGAAGGUUCCUGUUUGUCAUGAAUUGUUCAUGAAAAAUCCUAGAAUUCCCGAGAUAUCUAGAUUACGGCUCAAAGAGCUUCUGGACCUUUAUUUACCGCUUGAAACGUCUUGCAGCAUAUAUGAGUGCGAGAAGUUGUCACUCAUGAUGGAAUUUUGGAAAUUGGCCCAUAAAGCAUUGGUUGACGGGAAUGUAUCUCGAAGUGAUAUUGAUGGUUGUGUUUUGGAAGGUGGAAUAGUUCUAAGGAAUAAUGCAACUGAUUUUGUAAAUAAGUUGGCUGAACUCAGCAUACCACUAAUUGUAUUCUCUGGAGGCAUAGGAAAUGUUAUAGAAACAGUUCUGACAUCGUCAGGUGUAUCCUUGGAAAAUGUUCGUGUUGUUUCAAAUUUUAUGGACUUCAAUCCUGAAGGUCGUUUGGUUGGAUUUCAAGAUCCUGUUAUUCAUUCUCUUAAUAAAAUGUAUAAUGUAAUACAAAAUUCUGAAUAUUUUGAAACCAUUCUGUCGAAAAGAAUUUGCAUUCUGCUUAUUGGUGACUCAACUAAUGAUGCAAAGAUGAUUGAUGAUGGGGAAAAGUUUUCUUAUGAACAAGUUAUAGUUAUUCGUAUAGGAUUUUUAAAUGAAAAAAAUGACGAGAAAGUGGAAUUAUUCAGUUCAUUAUACGAUCUGGUUCUUUUGAAUGACGAGACAUUUGAUAUUCCUUUGUUCAUCUUAUCAUCUAUCGUUAAUUCUACUGAACUAUGUAAACAUGUGAGCAACAAUGAGACCCCAAAUAUCUGA